AUGAGAUUUGCACAGGCUGCUCACUCUUGUUACCGUGUUGUGAACGCGAGGUGGGGCAGUGGAUUGGUUUCUGUCGGCGCGGCAGUUCAGAAGACGCGCUGUUCGUUUUUUGGUGCCAUCACAGCGCACCGAAGCUCGGGGAACCUGUACAUUCGUGCUUACUACAGGAACAGAGCAACAGCUCUUCCCUUCAAACGCGACUGGAUUGCCGUUAUUAAUCGCAUGCCUGUGGACAAAAUGGCAACGCAAUCGCAUGAUAUGGCCCACGGGUCACUUGGCAUGGUGGGUCGGGGAGCCGCCGACGUGAAUGACCUGAUGCCUUUGGCGAAUACGGGCAUUGGAUGCGGAAUGAACGCAGAGGCAUCACAGGCGCAGCAGUCGGUGGCUUUCAGCGAGCCUUCCGACAAGUUGGAAUGCAACGUGAGUGCAACUGAAGAGUUGCGCUCUGAUGGCUCACGAACAUUUACGAAGGCGACUGUAUGCAUGCCAGCCGUCGAACCCUUGGAUCUGUUAUCCGUGAAGUUGGACAGCAUGCGUGUUAGCGUGACACAGGCGUCGCGCAAUGGCACGCCGGAGUCUGACACCGAAAGCCUGGUCGAGCGCAACUGGUCCUGCGGCAUGAACAAAUCACCGCCGCACAGCACUGCAUCCCGCUUCAAGUUUGAGCCCCUGAAAGUUAUGAGCUUCAACUGUCUUGCGCGCAGCCUUGUGGACAACAAGUACGUGAACAAUGACAGUGAGGUGAUGUCCUGGAACAGCCGAAAGUUUGCUAUUCUGGAUGUUGUGAGGGACUCUAAAGCGGAUGUCGUAUGUCUGCAGGAGGUUGAUGAGGCGGAAUAUGACAAUUUCUUCUCGGGCGAAUUCCAACGCCUGGGAUACAGGUCCGUCUUCAAAAAGAAGAAGUCGCCCAAGUUGGAUGGUGUCUGCAUUCUCUACCAAGAGGAGAGGUUUGACGUGUUGUCACACAAGGACAUCGAAUUCGCCGUCAAUGACGCCAACUACGACCGUCUGCAGGUGGCCAUCGUCAUCGCGCUGGUGGACAAGCGCAGCAAGUUGGUAGACGACCAGGCUAAAGUGAACGACAUCUACAUCUUUUCAAACACACACUUGUUGUUCAACAAAAACCGGGGUGACAUCAAGUUCGCCCAGUUGUGCGCCUUGCUCUUGGCGAUCAAGGAUAUGGAGUCGGUGUGCAUGGAGAAACUUGGCGCCGCUGCGUGCAACCACCCAAAGCCGGCGAUCAUCAUGUGUGGAGACUUCAACUUCACUCCGCAGAGCCUGCUAUACCACUUCUUGAGCAAGGGCUACGUGGUGCUUCGCAACUGCAACGUAAGACUGAUAUCCGGACAGUACCUCAUGUUCGACACCAUGUACAAGACGGAGCAGGCCGGGCAUGGAAAGUCUGGCAUCACCGUGGGCAACUUCGAGGGCAACUACAUUUCCGACAUCUACGGUACUGGAGCCGAGGGGGAGUGGGUGGAGCCGCUAAGCCGCACCACUGGCAUUGAUCUGUUCACGAAGAUGCCAGAAUGGAUCAAGUUCGACGAGGGCAUGCACGGUGUCAUUUCAAAAUACCUGGGCGCAAUACAUGAGCAGAGUUUAAGCGGAAAGGAGGAUGACUCGAACCCUAGUCCGACCAAUAAAGAUGCGGAUGGGGUAGACAAGACCCUAGGUGGGGAGGCGAGCGACCUGCUAUUCUGCCCCUUCAAGUUCCACAGCGCCUACAGCACCUUCGACCCAGGGCAGAACCAAUGCAACGAGCCCGCGUUCACCGCGUUCCACGGCUGGCAACGCGGCUGUGUGGACUACAUAUGGUACACAGCGGACGAGCUGCAUGUGCAGUCGCUAUACGAGAUGCCCGCGUACCGUGACGUAAAGGCGAACGGCAACCUGCCAAACAAGGGCUGGCCGUCGUCUGAUCACUUCAGCCUGCUUUCUGAGUUCAAAAGACGUUCUAUGUAA